CAGAGGCGAGCUCAACACCACCGUGUCAAUCCACAUGCUUUACAACUCUGUGGGGGCUUUUUUCAGUGGAGGAGAUUUGUCCCAGCUCUGAAGCCGUGUUUCGCCGCAACGUGGAGUUGUUUACUAGAGUGGACAGCACUCGCCGGUUUGUGAAGUAGAUGUAGAGUCUUUAAGCAACAGCCACCCGUUUGAGACUGGACCAUUUGUUCAACGGAAGAAAUGGGGAAGCCAAAGAAAAAGAAUGACCACAGCCGGGCUGAGCUGAUGAUGAUGACCAUUGCUGACGUUAUUAAACAGCUUGUUGAAGCCCACGAAGAAGGCAAAGACAUCAACCUCAACAAAGUAAAGACAAAGACAUCAGCUAAAUAUGGACUUGAAGCUCAGCCACGAUUGGUGGACAUCAUUGCUGCAGUUCCACCACAGUACCGUCGUGCUCUGGUGCCCAAACUAAAGGCCAAACCCAUCCGGACUGCCAGUGGGAUCGCAGUUGUGGCUGUGAUGUGCAAACCUCACCGGUGUCCUCACAUCAGCUUCACAGGCAACAUCUGUGUUUACUGUCCUGGAGGACCAGACUCAGACUUUGAGUACUCAACACAGUCCUAUACUGGUUAUGAGCCGACAUCCAUGAGAGCAAUCCGUGCCCGUUAUGACCCCUACCUUCAGACGAGGCAUCGGGUGGAGCAGCUGAAGCAGCUGGGGCACAGUGUCGACAAAGUGGAGUUCAUCGUGAUGGGCGGGACCUUCAUGGCUUUAGCCGAGGACUACAGAGACUAUUUCAUCCGAAACCUACACGAUGCUCUGUCAGGACACACUUCCAACAAUGUAGCCGAGGCCGUCAGGUAUUCUGAGCGCAGUAACACCAAGUGCGUUGGAAUCACGAUAGAGACGCGGCCGGACUACUGCCUGAAGAGACACCUCAGUGACAUGCUGGGCUAUGGCUGCACACGUCUGGAGAUAGGAGUCCAGAGUGUAUAUGAAGACGUGGCCCGCGACACAAACAGAGGUCACACUGUGCGGGCUGUGUGCGAGUCUUUUCACCUGGCAAAGGACGCCGGCUUCAAAGUGGUCGCCCACAUGAUGCCAGAUCUUCCCAACGUGGGCAUGGAGAGGGAUGUGGAGCAGUUCAUUGAGUUCUUUGAAAAUCCAGCUUUCAGGCCGGAUGGACUGAAGCUGUAUCCAACGCUGGUGAUCCGAGGCACGGGGCUGUACGAGCUGUGGAAGACUGGCCGCUACAAGAGCUACUCGCCCAGCGCUCUGGUCGACCUCGUGGCACGGAUCCUGGCACUGGUGCCGCCCUGGACACGGGUCUACCGGGUUCAGAGGGAUAUACCCAUGCCACUGGUGAGCUCUGGAGUGGAGCACGGCAACCUGAGAGAGCUGGCACUGGCCAGGAUGAAGGACAUGGGCACUGAGUGUCGAGAUGUGAGAACCAGAGAAGUGGGUAUUCAGGAGAUCCACCACAAAGUCCGUCCCUACCAGGUGGAGCUGGUGCGCAGAGACUACGUGGCCAACGGCAGCUGGGAGACCUUCCUCUCGUACGAGGACCCGGAGCAGGACAUCCUGAUCGGCCUGCUGCGUCUGCGCCGCUGCUCUCCGCAGUCGUUCCGCCCCGAGCUCAAAGGAGGAGUGUCCAUCGUCCGCGAGCUGCACGUCUACGGCAGCGUCGUCCCCGUCAGCAGCCGAGACCCCAGCAAGUUCCAGCAUCAGGGCUUUGGGAUGAUGCUGAUGGAGGAGGCAGCGAGAAUAGCCAGAGACGAACACGGCUCCAGGAAACUCGCAGUUAUCUCCGGCGUAGGAACGAGGAACUACUACAGGAAAAUGGGGUAUGAGUUGGAGGGACCGUACAUGGUGAAGGACCUGUAUGGACCUGGAAUGGACUGAACCUGGAAAAUGAUUUUUUUUAUAUAUACACAGUAUAUUUCUGGACAAAAAUGCACACAUAAUGUGCUGAUAUUCUCAGGAUGUGAUUCCUGUUUUAUUUAGUGUUCUGUUUACCAAGCAUCAGAGGAAAUAACGCUGUCUUUUUUUUAUCCUCUCAAUCCACGCUUGUGCGUUUUUAUCUGGGACAGACUCGUAAAUGUUAUGCCAUUUCUUUUUUUGUGUAGAUAAGGAGACGGCGUUGGGGAUGUGAGGAUUAAAAUAAAAGUUAUAUGAGGUUUAAAGUUCA